CCGCCGGGGGGGAGCCGGUGCGGGACAUCCGCUGUGAGUUCUGCGGGGAGUUCUUUGAGAACCGCAAGGGUCUGUCGAGCCACGCGCGCUCCCACCUGCGCCAGAUGGGGGUGACGGAGUGGUACGUCAACGGCUCCCCCAUCGACACGCUGCGCGAGAUCCUCAAGCGCCGAACUCACCCGCGGAGCGGAGCUUCCAACCCCAUGGGCCCCGGGCACAAAGCCAUGGCCAAGACCCUCCUGGCGGCCAUGGGACCCCUGGAGCCGCGGGGUCCCGGCGAGCUCCACAUCCCGACUCUGCCCAAGAAGAAGAAGCUCAAACACGACCAGAUGAGAGUGGAAAUCAAGCGUGAGAUGAUGACCGGGGGUCUCCACGGGGAGCCCCAUCCCUCCGACCAGGCUUGGCCGCCGCUGGAGGAGAUGUCACCCUUGAACCUCUCCUCCCGAGCCGACCCGGUGCGGGACAUCCGCUGUGAGUUCUGCGGGGAGUUCUUUGAGAACCGCAAGGGUCUGUCGAGCCACGCGCGCUCCCACCUGCGCCAGAUGGGGGUGACGGAGUGGUCGGUGAACGGCUCCCCCAUCGACACGCUGCGCGAGAUCCUCAAGAAGAAAUCGAAGCCCUGCGUCAUCAAGAAGGAGCCCCACACCUCCAUCAUCGAAACCCCCAAAGGCUUUGGGGAGGAGGGGAUGGACCCCAAGCCCUCUGGAAAAGUGCUGCAGGCCAUGGCCCUGCCUCCACUGGGCGGGAGGACGGGGAAACCCGGCGGCUCCAGCAUCGGCCGCGAGCUCUCGCUGUCGCCGCUCACCGCCAAGCCCCACGGCGCCUUCCUGACACCGCUGGCCACCAAACGGCCGCUGCAGGACGACCGCCUGGGUCCCCACCCCGAGGUGAAGCACAAGGCCUACAUCCAGACCGAGCUGCCCUUCAAAACCAAGUCCGUGCACGACAAGCCCACGCACACAUCCACCGAAGCGUGCUGCGAGCUCUGCGGCCUCUACUUCGAGAACCGCAAGGCUCUGGCCAGCCACGCGCGGGCGCACCUGCGGCAGUUCGGCGUCACCGAGUGGUGCGUCAACGGCUCGCCCAUCGAGACGCUCAGCGAAUGGAUCCGGCACCGGCCGCAGAAAGCCGGCGCGUAUCGCAGCUACAUCCAGGGCGGCCGACCCUUCACUAAGAAAUUUCGGAAUUCGUCGCACGCCCGAGAUCACGACGGAGCGCGGAGGGUGCCGCUGAGCCUGCAGCACGGCGGCAUGGCGCUGCUGAGCAAAGGGCUGGCGGCGGAGCUGGCGCACGGAGAGCCCUGCAAGAUCCUGGACGGCACCGGGGAGCGGCCCGUGGUCACCUCGCCGCUCUCGCUGGUGAAGAUGGAAGAGCAUCAGCGCUCGAAUUUCCACAAGUUUGAGCGGAGGCAGGCAAGGCCCCUGGACCCCUCCCUGCACCGGGAGGAGGAGGGGGCCGACUUCCAGCAGAAGAUGGAGGAGACCCGCCAGCCCCCACCCAGGAUGAGGCCGGUGCCCUCGCUGGUCCCCCGCCCGCCGCAGACCUCCCUGGUGAAGUUUGUGGGUAACAUCUACACCCUCAAGUGCAGGUUCUGUGAGGUGGAGUUCCAGGGCCCCCUCUCCAUCCAGGAGGAGUGGGUGCGACACCUCCAGCGACACAUCCUGGAAAUGAAUUUCUCCAAAGCAGACCCCCUGCGGGGGGACGCCCCGGCCCCCGAGCCCCCCGCCGUGGCCGAGGCUCAGUAACGGAGCCCCCCACCCCAGGGCGACGGAGCCGAA